GUUUCCAUUCCAAUGGUUCAACGUUGUUGCAACUUUUACAUUUCAAUUUCAAGGCGGCUGAAUGCCCUUCCAAUUCUAAAACCUCCUCCUCCUCCCUCUCAGACAUUCUAUCAAACACUUUCAAUACACUCUCAUUCAAACAAUCACUAUCCUCCUCCUCCUCCUUAUCCUUUCCACUUCAACUUUGAUUUCAAUCACCCAACUCUAUUGAAAUUCAUCCAAUUCCUCAAAAACAACAACGACAAAAACGAUGAUGAUGAUGAUGAUGUUCAUUUCCUUUCAUCACUGGAAGAACCAAAUGCAGAUUUAAUAUGUUCCGCAGCAAUUUGGGUUUUAAGGGAAGAUUGGAAACCUGCAUUGCGUGCCUUCAAAUUGAAUAGCCUCUAUAAUAACGAAAAAGCUUGCAACUUGAUGAUAUGGGUUUUGGGAACUCAUGCAAAAUUUUCCAUAGCAUGGUCCAUCAUUCGAGAUAUGCAUAACUAUUCUCUCUCCACUCAUCAGGCUAUGCUUAUUAUCAUUGACAGGUACAUCACUUUUCUUUAUCCUUUUUUUAUAUUGUCAUUCGAUGCAUUGCUAGAAUCAUCGGUUGUAUGUGGGUAGGAAAAUUAGGAAAUAACAUUCACUUUUCAUCUAUAGGAUUGUUUCUGCUUGAUAAUUCAGAAAUAAUGCAUAUGCAAAUAACUCACCUUUUAUUGUGCCAUUUCAUUUCAAUCAGAUAUGCAUAUGCAAAUAACUCUACUAAGGCUAUUGAAACAUUCAACUUUAUGAACAAGUUCAGAUUGACCCCUGAUCGGGAAGCAUUUCGUGCACUUUUGACUGCUCUUUGUAAAUAUGGUAACGUCGAAGAGGCUCAAGAGUUUAUGCUAGUCAACAACAAGUUCUUCCCACUUGAGAUCGAGAGCUUCAACAUUAUUCUUAAUGGAUGGUGUAACAUAACAGUUGAUGUAUAUGAAGCAAAAAGAGUUUGGAGAGACAUGUUAAAAUACUGUAUAACACCAGAUGUUACUUCAUAUAGCCACAUGAUUUCUUGCUUUUCGAAGGAAGGGAAUCUUUUUGACUCUCUUAGACUCUAUGAUCAGAUGAAAAAAAGGGAAUGGAUCCCUGGGAUAGAGAUCUACAAUUCCUUAGUGUAUGUUUUAACUCGUGAAAAUUGUCCCAAGGAAGCUCUCAAGACUAUAGAUAAAAUGAAGGAACAAGGUUUGCAGCCAGACUCUGACACAUUUAACUCCAUGAUCCGACCUCUCUAUCAAGCUGGAAAACUAGCAGCGGCAAGAAUAGUGUUGAACACAAUGGUAGAGGAGAAUAUUAGUCCAACUGUUGAGACUUACCAUGCAUUCUUUGAAGGAACAGAUUAUCAUGGAACGUUAGAAUUUCUGAGUAAGAUGAAAGGUUCUGGUUUGGGUCCAAAUAAAGAUUCCUUUCUUAUAAAUCUGGUAAAGUUCUUAGAGUUGAAGCAACUUGUAAAUGCACUGAAAAUUUGGGCAGAAAUGAAGAAAUAUGAUGUGGAGCCCAGUUGUAUACAUUACAGAAAAAUGGUUAAAGGGCUUGUAACAUGCAGGUGGUUCAUAAAAGCCAAGGAUUUUUAUGAGGAGAUGAUCUCAAACGGAUGUUCAGAAGAUCCAAAGCUUAAUAAGCUCCUUCAGAAAGAAGUGCUUGAUAGUGGUGAUAAAAGAAAACAGAAUGUUAUAAAGGCUAUUAGUGAUAAAGUGUGAGAAUUCUGAAAAGCGAUAAGUUGAGAUGGCAAAAACAUUGAGAGCAGUGAAGAUAUAGAGAUCUCUUACUUGAAGCAGAGAAACAGAAGCUCCCGAUUUUUAUCUUGUGAUUCUGCAUUCUACCAUUGGGAAUGUUGAAGCAUUUGCAGUGCCAAUAUUGUUGACUAAAAGGUGAAUUUCUUGAGGUCACUUCAUAGUCCUGACAUGUAUUAAUCUGGCUCUUAGCCCUUUGACAGCCUGCCUAAUUUUUGAAUUUUGCUACAAGAGAUGUAAUGAAGAAAUGAAAAAAAUAGUGACCCUCAUGUUAUCUGAUCUAUAAAUGAAUCCUUGAUAGUUUUGGUCGCUGCUGCAUGCUCUGGCCCUCAUACUUUGUUGUUUUGAUUGUCUUGUGGUUCAUCAUUGAACAAUAUACAAAGUACAUAUUUUUGUUGUCUUCCUGA